UCUUAUUGGCUGUCCACUGAGAACCAGAACGGGUCGCUCUCCGCUAGUCGUGGUGCUGAAAUCUCUGCUCAUUAUGAUAACAAUGCAAAGGCAAUGACACAAAACAUCGUGAGAAUCGACAAAUACCACCAAAAUGGACGAUGAUUUGUUUCAGCUCAGACAACUGCCAGUUGUCAAGUUCCGUCGCACGGGUGAGAGCGUCCGCUCAGAUGAGGAAGGCGGAGGGAGAGAGCUGGAGGCGCCGGCCGACGUGAGGCACUUGGACCUGGAGUCUGUCGCCCUCGCAGACGGAGCUCCAGUUCCACGAGAGUUCGCUAACCCGACCGACGACACGUUCAUGGUGGAGGAUGCUGUGGAAGCUAUUGGCUUCGGAAAGUUCCAGUGGAAACUCUCCAUCCUCACUGGCUUGUCCUGGAUGGCUGACGCCAUGGAGAUGAUGAUCCUCAGCAUCCUGGCUCCGCAGCUUCACUGCGAGUGGAAGCUUCCCAGUCUUGAGGUGGCGCUGCUCACCUCGGUGGUGUUCAUAGGGAUGAUGAUCAGCUCUUCACUGUGGGGGAACAUAUCCGACAAGUAUGGGAGGAAAACAGGCCUGAAGAUGAGUGUUCUGUGGACCCUGUUCUACGGCCUGCUGAGUGCCUUUGCCCCGCUCUAUGGAUGGAUCCUGUUCCUGCGAGCCCUGGUCGGCUUCGGCAUCGGGGGAGCUCCACAGUCGGUAACGCUGUACGCAGAGUUCCUGCCCAUGAGGUCCAGAGCUACGUGCAUUCUGCUGAUAGAGAUAUUCUGGGCGUUGGGCACGGUGUUCGAGGUGCUUCUAGCCAUCCUGGUGAUGCCGUCGCUGGGCUGGCGCUGGCUCUUAGGCCUCUCCACCCUCCCCCUCUUUCUCUUCGCCUUCCUCAGUUUCUGGCUGCCGGAGAGCGCCCGCUACGACGUCCUGACGGGGAACCAGGAGAAGGCUCUGGCCACGCUGAAGCGGAUCGCCACGGAGAACGGGGCGCCCAUGCCCCUGGGGAAGCUCAUAGCUGCCAGACAGGAGGAUCGUGGGAAGAUUCAGGAUCUCUUCUCCCCACACUUUCGCUGGACCACCAUUCUGUUGUGGUUUAUUUGGUUCUCCAACGCCUUCUCCUACUACGGUCUGGUGCUUCUCACCACGGAGCUGUUCCAGGAGGGGGGGGCCUGUGGGGUGUCCAAAGGCAACAAGAGGGAGCCCAGGUGUAAUCUGGAGUGUAAAUACCUAAACUCUGACGACUACAAGGAUUUGCUGUGGACAACGUUGUCUGAGUUCCCAGGCCUGCUGGUGACGCUGUGGGCCAUUGACCGUUUGGGCCGGAGGAAGACCAUGGCUCUGUGCUUCUUCAUCUUCUCUCUCUGCAUGGUGCCGCUCUACGCCUGCGUAGGAAGGACGUCCCUGACGGUGCUGAUUUUCAUCGCCAGAGCGUUCAUAGCCGGAGGGUUUCAGGCUGCUUAUGUCUACACACCUGAGGUGUAUCCAACAGCAACCAGAGCGUUGGGUCUGGGCAUGAGCAGUGGGAUGGCUAGAGUAGGAGCCCUCAUCACACCUUUCGUUGCCCAGGUGAUGCUGGAGUCGUCUCUGUACCUGACGCUGUCUGUGUACUGUGUCUGCUGCCUGCUGGCGGCCUUCGCGUCCUGCGCCCUGCCCAUCGAGACCACCGGCCGAGGCCUCCAGGAGUCCAGCCACCGGGAGUGGGGCCAGGAGAUGAUGGGCCGGGCCUCCGCACACAGCCCCGGAGGCAUCCCCCACUCCAGCUCCGGGUCCCAGGACUGAGGGGUCGGUGAGGGCCAACGACGAGAGGGAGAGAACGAGAGAGAGAGAGAGAACGAGAGAGAGAGAACUGAAAGAGGAGAGGGAAGGCUGAAGGGCUGCCCUCGUCCAUCUCAAGUCACGUGUCGUUGCUGCGUUGCCAUGGCACCACCGUGGUUGUGGAGCAGAGAGGGAAAGCACAGUGGUACCCUGCGGUAUUCAACAAUACGUAUUUCUGGUUUUCUUCUACCAUCAUCACUGUCAUGGUUUCAUGCCGAUGGACGAAAGUUAGGGUAGGGCCAGGAUCAAGCGCAACAGCCGUCAUUAGAUGACAAACUGAACGUGUUGAAUCUUGUAAACAUGCGGUUUUUAACUUCCAUUGUAAGGCAGUUAAGAAACAGUUGCAUUUAAUUCUAAAAUGACUGAAAACUAGUUUUUGGCCGUUGUAUUUGAACCUGUUACGAGAACGUGAGUUUUGUGGUGUCCUGGGUGAAUUCACUGACUGGUGACAGACAAGAGAUGCAUUCUACCUUCUAUCACUCUCCAAGCUCAGCAUUUAAAUUCACCAUUUACGAAACUGAGCUCAGAAUUAAGAAAAACAGUUAGUGGAGAAAAACAAGUUACUUUUCAAAUGCCUUAAAAUAUUGGACCUUAUAUUCAGUUUAGGAAUGAAGGAUCCAUUUAGGAAAGUCUGAAUAAACAGUUUAUUGGAAUAUCCUUUCAGCUUGUCGCACAGUACAGUACAGUUCAUAAUAUUGCGCACAAAACAAAUUUAAACUGCCUCUUCCAACGCUCUAAUCAUAACAUCAAAAUGAUAAACAGUAGUUUCAGACUAACAAAUCACAUCUAUUCUAUCCCUUAAAGGGUGACACAAAUUCACCUUGGUGUAGGCAUCGCUCAGUCGGCAGCAGGCGUAAACAUUCAUUAACAUAUUCAUGAGAUUUUUCCUCCAUUUUUAAGGGUUGUGGUGUUAUUUUUCACAGUGACAGUAUUGUUGAUGUAAAUUGGAAAAGCCGAACUUGGAUAUUAAUGAAGGCAUAUGCCAGCUGCUGCAAAUCCUGAUAUAUAUGCAUACCAUGAAACUGAAGUGCUACUGAAAUCUUUGAAUGUAGCAUUCACAAACAGGAGAGUGAUAUUGAGAGGAAUACUAAGAAUUGUAACAUACUUGAAUAUUUAACCCCACUGAUCCGUCAGUUGUGUUAUGUGAUUAUUUAUCUACAUGGGUGAAAUCAUUUUCAAGGAACAUCUUAAACAAAGAAUCGCCUUCAGGCCAAGUUCCUUCUUACAACCCCUGCCCCAGGCGCUUCUCCCUUUGUACAUUCGAACAUCAACACUGUAAUAUCUCGAUUACUCACGCGUAAAAGUCCACGCAUACGUUAUCGUCCUAGAAACCCGUUAGAAUGAAACGGCUACCUGACACAAUGUCAAAUCUGUUCAUGCUGUAUCGAUACCUGGUUUGACUGUUGUGUUUGCUGUUGGUAUAGGUACACUGCUACGCGGUAGGACAUUGUCCUGGCAACAGACACGUUUGAAAAGGUAUCGUUACGGUGAUGAACCUUGCACAUGAUCAGCCAGCUGUGUCAUAAUUACCUGCCCUUGCAAUUUAGUGCUGCAUCAUGUCUGCACAGAUUCUUGUCAUUGCACUGGAUGUAAAUGUGUAUAUUACAAUGAUA